AUGGACAUAGUACACGGCAAGGAUCUACAUUAUGAGGAGCUUGGGCUCAAGCAUCGAGGUAGCGGCCUAGCAUUCAAACAUCUCUUCCUUGGCGAAGAAAAUACCCCCGAGAACUAUCUCUUCAGUAUAGCUCGCCAAGGAGCCUUUUACUCGCCUAUUCACCGGCAUACUUUCGAUCAGUUCCGGUACGCAUACCGUGGCGACGUUUCUAUUGCACCAGAUCUCCUUCUUCGUGAGGGAGAGCUGUGCUACCAUCCGGAGGGGGUUUCUUACGGGCCACAGCUCGAUGAAGGGGGCGAGCGCGAUGUGCUAGUUUUACAAUUUGGUGGAACCAGUGGCAAAGGAUACCUCAGCUUUGCACAGAUUGCGGAAGGCCAAGAAAAAUUGAAAGAGGAUGGCCGAUUUGAAAAGGGGAAAUUUCACCCGGCAGGUGGCGGUGAGUCGAAGGAUAGCUAUGAGGCUCUCUGGGAGAGCUAUUCGGGUCACCCACUUGAGUAUCCUGCGGCACGAUAUCACUCGGUUAUUGUUUCAAAGCCAGACAACUACUCGUGGGUGCCGUCGGAUGGAUCGGGCAAUGCCUUUGCACGGACGCUUGGUAUAUUUACAGAGAGGCAGACCAAAGCGGAUAUGAUCAAGAUCGGAGCCCAGGGGAAGAUUGGGAUAGACGAGCAAAAUGCUAUCCAGCUGCUCUUUGUGCUCAAGGGCCAAGGUAGAGCAAAUGGAACCUCCUUGGAGAUUGAGUCUGCAGUGCGGUUAAUGCCUGAUACUGGAGUUUCGCUCUCUUCGGAGUAUGGGAUGGAACUGCUUCGUUUUGUUCUUCCAAUACUGGAACGGGAUAUUGGCAAAUAA